AUGCUAUUCUUCUGUGAAGCAAUAUCAUCAUCGGGACGUUAUGCCUAUCGUCGAGGUGAUGUAACAUUAGGUGGCUUAUUUCCCGUACACGAAUAUGGAUAUCCACGAGAACCAUGCGGAGCUAUAAGCGAAUUUCGUGGCAUACAACGUUUAGAAGCCAUGCUUUUUGCCAUUCAACAAAUUAAUAAUGAUAAACAUUUAUUACCUGGUAUUGAACUAGGCGCAUUGAUAUUUGAUACAUGUUCCGAUGAUAAUUAUGCAUUGGAACAAUCAUUAAGAUUUGUUCGUAGUCGUCUAGCAUCGAGUACAUGCCGAUGUGCUAAUGCAUCAGCCCGAGAAUCCAUUCAUAAUGAUAACGUAUUUGGUGUUGUUGGUGCAGCAUUAAGUUCAGUUAGCGUUCAAGUUGCUAAUCUAUUACGUUUAUUUCAAAUACCACAAAUAUCCUAUGCGUCGACAACACCAAAAUUAAGUGAAUCAUCAUUUGACUAUUUUGCUCGUACUGUUCCGUCCGAUUCGAAUCAAGCACGUGCAAUUGUCGAUAUAUUGCACUCGUUAAAUUUUAGCUAUGUUAAUACGAUUUAUUCCCAUGGCGAUUAUGGUGAAGGUGGCUUUAGAGAAUUCAAACGUCUACUUAAAUCAUCGAAUGCACAAGAUGAUGAAGUGAAUUUAAAUAAAAAACGACAGCAACAACGAAUAUGCAUUGCUGAUGAACAACGUUUAAAACGUGAUGCAUCAAUUGCUGAUAUCAAAAUUAUUCUCGAGACAAUCUUCGAAAGUAUUAAAUCCGAUGUACAAGCACGUGUCUACGUUUUAUUCGUUACGAAAGAAGAUGCAAGAAAAUUAUUGCAAGCUAUUAAAUUAAUUAAUGGUACACAUCGACCUGUUUUUAUUGCUAGCGAUGCUUGGGGUAAAGAAUCUUCGGUUGUCAUCAAUGGUGAAACAGAUGAAAUAGCUGUCGGCGCAUUGACACUUGAACUUGUUUCGAUGCAACCAUUAAAUUUCGAUCGUUAUUUUAACGGAUUGAAACCUGAUAUUAUCCAUGGAAAAAUAAAUGAAAAUCAUUAUUAUAAUGACGAAGACUCGGUCAGUGAUGAGCAUUCGACAUCGUCGAGAAAUCUAUGGUUUAAUGAAUUUUGGGAAAAUCGUUUUGGCUGCAAUCUACUAUCGUCACCGCAAUGUGCGAAUCAUCAAUUGAAUGUUAGCAAUUGGGAUAGUAAAUUACAAUUUAUUGUUGAUGCAACUUACGUAUUUGCUUAUGCAUUACAUUCAUAUUUUAAUUGCACAUCAACCACAUGCUUUAAUGUGUCUCUUGAUCACAUAAAUGGUACAAAAUUAUUUCAAUUAAUCCUAGAAAAAACAUUUUCAAUGCCUGAUUUUCGACAAAUACAAUUCAAUGCCGAACGUUUUGUGCCAGGUCAUUAUCGAAUCUAUAAUUAUCGUCGAUCACAUUUAGCAUCGUCAGACACGAAAGCAUCUGCCUACGAAUAUGUAUCUGUUGGCGAAUGGAAAAUAGGUCAAAAUGAAAACGGACAAUUAAAUAUAGCGGUUGAUUCAAUUGUUUGGCCGGGUUCAAAUAGUCAAGGUCUAUCGUCAGUGACAACAAUUCCAGUUUCACGCUGUUCGGAACCCUGUCUUGUAGGCGAAUUGAAACAGUUUCAAGGCGAUUCAUGCUGCUGGGUAUGUACACCAUGUAAUGAAACAUCGAUUGUUGUUGGCUUACAAGAACAUGAACGUUGUGAGCCGUGUCCUAUUGGAUAUUGGCCAACGGCAAAUCGUACAGUAUGUUAUAAACUUAAAGAAACAUAUAUUGAACUAUUAUCAAUACAAGCACUUGUGCCAAUUUGUUUAUCGAUUAUUGGAAAUAUUCUUACUCUAUUUAUUGUUAUACUAUUUUAUCAGAAACGAGAAACGCCUGUUGUUAAAGCAAGUGGAAAAGAACUCUGCUUUAUAAUGUUAGCAGGCAUUCAUUUAUGUUAUUUAAUGACAUUUCCAAUUCUAUUAAAGCCACACAUUCUAAAUUGUAUUAUUCAACGGUUAGGUAUUGGAUUAGGAUUUUCAAUGAUGUAUGCUGCAUUAUUGACAAAAACAAAUCGGAUUGCAAGAAUAUUUGAAAGCACAAAAAAACAAGGUAAAUUACGCCCACAAUAUAUUUCACCGAAUUCUCAAGUAGCCAUUUGCUCAUCUUUAAUAUUGGUUCAACUACUUCUCUCAUUGCUAUGGCUUGCAUAUGAACGUCCAGCUGUCGAUCUCAUAGCUUACGAUCGUUCAGUUACGCUUAAAUGUCAAAUGAAUAAACAUACAUUUCUUUAUUCAUUAACGUAUAAUGUUUUGCUUGUACUUGUAUGCACAAUGUACGCUAUACGCACACGAAAAGUACCGGAAAAUUUUAAUGAAACAAAAUUUAUUGGUUUUACUUGCUAUACAACAUGCAUUAUUUGGUUAGCAUUUCUUCCGAUUUACUUUACCGUUUAUGAGACUGGUCGUCAUCAAAUACACAUAUCAACAUUAUGUAUAACAAUAUCUCUAUGUGCUUCAGUCGCGUUAGCUUGUCUAUUUUCUCCGAAGGUUUAUAUCAUAAUUGUACAUCCUGAAAAAAACAUGCGUCUAGCAAAACAAUUGAAAGCUCAAGCCAGUUCAUUACACUUUGCAUCGAAAAUUCCAGUCAAACCCGAUUUUACAAAUAGCCAUAAAGAAUUCCGUGAUACAACAUCAAAUGAUGAUGCUAAUUCAAAAUCAAUAGGCGACAUUAAAAAUGAAGUCAACUCGCAACCGUUAGUGUCAAAAUCAGGUGUCACACGUCUAUCACUAUCUCAUGAAUCGGCGAAUUCAUAUAGAAAGACACAAAAUAACACGAAUAAAUCCAAAAUGUCAACGACUACAACAAUUACUAAUGCAGAAAAUCAUUUAAAUAAUGAAAAAUAUCCAAUUAAAAUUAGAAGCUUCAAUCACGAAGAUGAUGAUAGUCUUAAUUCGAAUCCAAUACAAGACGAGGACGGAAUUUUAUGA